CCCAAAUUGACAUAUUUAAUUUGAUCGUAAGGGCCCGUUUGAACGGCAUGUUUGACAGGUUUUAGUGUCAGAUUAACAUUAACUUUAUGGGGUCUGUAAUGUCAAUAAAGAGAAAUAUCAAGAGAUAUAAACAAAACGCUAGUAAAACAACACGCACAUCAAAAGGCUACAUGGAAAGGCCAUAGAACCGAUAAAUUCUUCUCUUUGAACUGAGCGCAACUGUAAAAGAGUAAGUAGUUUCAAAUGUGUCAGCAGCAAAGCGCCGACGAGUGGAACGUUGUCGAAAGCGUAAUAAAAGUGGCGCGUAACAAAAAAGCUGCGGCGUGUAGUGGACCGGGCAGGUAGAGUCGGCGGUUCAAAGCAAUACCAUCAUGGGUGGCUCGCCACCAACGCCAUCGCACGUCUCAAUCCGCACCCGUCUGCUCGCCAUGCCGCCUUUCCUUUUUCCCCUACCGCAAUGCAGCUAUGUGUCGUUUCCGCUUUAUUUUUUAUGAUUGUAAGCUGCAGCGGAGAGAUAUAGCGCCGCUUCUCUAACAAAGACUUGAGAUAUGGCCUUCUCUUUCUAGCGGGGGAAGGCAAAGGAGCGGGGUUGUAACGUUGUACGCUGGUGGGGUCUCGUCUCUCACAGUCAAUUCAACCGCUGUUUCGGACGCACGCAAACGUUUACAACAUUCCGCGCGACCGUGUCAAAGAGUAGUUGUGCUAACAGAACUGACAGUGACCAACAUAGAGUGAAAUAAGUGUUCGUGAAAGUUGAUCUCCAAAUGGUGGUACUUGAAGACGGAGUAAUGAUGACUACAAAUCCGAACCAAUACUUGCAACCAGAUUAUUUAACUCCACUUCCAUCAACUGUAAAUAUUAAAAAAAGUCCGCUUGCGCUUUUAGCGCAAACAUGCAGUCAAAUAGGCGCAGAUACGCUUCCCAGUAAGCCUCUUCUGCCUCCACUUGAGAAAAAGAAAACAGUGAACAGUGUUAACAGUGAUGCAAUUAGUCGUUCUUCACCUAGUGCGAAACUGGAUAAACCUCGUUCUUCACCGGAGAGUAAACAUUUAGCUUUCAAACCAUAUGAAACUAAUGUUGUUACGAAGAAACCUGAAGAAACAAGACCAACUUCCAAAGCAAGUUCUGAUAUUUCUAAUGAUGAUAAAAAGUCUGGAAAAAGUACACCAGGAAGAAAGUCAACCCCACCAUACGAAAAUGGAAAGAGCAGUCCUUUAAACGAACAAAAAUCUUCAUCCGCUGGAUCAUCCGGUACUAGCCCGAUUAUUCGUUCAGGAUUAGAAGUUUUAGGGCAUGGCAAGGAUCAUCUUGGAGCUUUUAAGAAUAUUCCUGGAUUAGCUGGAUUUAAUCCUUUGGCUGGAUUAUGCUGCCCUCCUGGAAUGGAACAACAUGCGAAUCCAGCGUUCCGACCUCCAUACGCUGGAGCUCCCUUAAGUGCACAUCACGCUGCUAUGCUGGCAGCUGCUGCUGGUUUUCCCGGCUCGUCACCAAAUCCCUACCUUGGAUAUGCCAGAGUUAAAACACCAGCGGGAGGAGAGACAUUAGUUCCAGUAUGCAAAGACCCAUAUUGCACUGGCUGCCAAUUUUCAGUUAACAAUCACCACCUUCUUAUGAGUAACGGUGCUUGUCCCGCUGGAUGUACUCAAUGUGACCAUCAAAAAUAUAAUUUGGCCAUGGCUAUGGCUCUUUCACAACAAGGGGCUGCUGCAGGCCUUCCUUACACUCAAAUGAGUCGGCCUUAUAUUUGUAACUGGAUUGUUGGAGAGUCUUAUUGUGGCAAGAGAUUUGGUAAUUCCGAAGAGCUUUUACAACAUUUAAGAAGUCAUACUACAGACGGAUCGACUCCAGUAUCAUCUACGUCCUCCCAACCGUCUCUAAUGAAUCCACUAAAUCCUCUAUUUACGACCGCUGGACUCCGCAACGCUUACCCGACGGCUCCGCUAAGUCCUUUGUCUGCAAGCAGAUACCACCCGUAUUCAAAAGCUGCUCUUUCAGCAAGCUUAGGAGCAUCUCCUUAUGGAGCUUUUAAUCCUGCUCUUGGCGCUUUUUAUUCGCCCUAUGCAAUGUAUGGACAAAGAAUUGGAGCAGCCGCUGUGCACCAAUAAUACAAAACCGUGUGACAUCGUGACUGACAAUUAUUAAAUAUUUGUAAUGUCCAAUUUUCUUCUGUGAUAUCAAUAGACUAAUUGAUGUUGUAAGGCGGAAUUAGCUUUGACAAAUUUAGUAAAUAGUGCAAUCUUAGUGAGUAAUAUUAUAAAUUUAUUUGCCUAGUUUGUUUGUAAGCGGGUGAUGUAAGAAUAUAAUAUAAAGACUAUGUAUAGCCAAAUGAUGUGGUUUUGUGUAAAUAAUAAUGUCUAUGUUUAAUAUUACACGAAAAAAUUUAAAUACAAUAUCUUUGUGAAAAUUA